AUGGUUGAUCGGACGAGGCGCAGGUUCGCCGCCGUCGUCGCUCCGCUCAUCAUCAUCAUCAUCUUGCUCGCGGCGACUCGGGGUGCAUCGGCGGCGGCGCGGCGAGCCGGCGUCGUGGACGACGAGACUAGCAGGAGCCGCGCCGCCGGGGUCUCCAUGGCAGCGGGGGAGGCCGCCGCCUACGUCAUGGCCGCCCUGCACACCUGUGGCUCACGCAGAGAUGCUACCAUCGAUCAGCUGCCGAAGUGUGCAGAAGCUACUGUGCCAAGGCGCUCUGUGAAGCUUAUUGCUGUGCCAAGAAAAUACGCCUUUAAAGAUUUUGUGAACGUCGCCAUCGAUAUAUUCAGGGCCGCUAUGGACAAGCUACAAUCUCCUCCAUGCUAUGAGUUAUGUGCCUUCAAUGGUACUUACGACGAGCUAGUACGGAAUGUAUCUGAAAGGGUGUUUGAUGGAGCAGUGGGUGAUGUGACCAUAACUGAUGACCGUGCCAGGAUUGUAGAUUUUACAAUGCCAUAUGCACCAUCUGGUGUGUCCUUGCUUGUGCUCGCUGACAAUGACUCCAAACCACCAAUCCAAUGGAUAUUCUUAAAGCCACUGACGAAGGAACUCUGGCUUACUACGGUGGGCUUCUUCUUCUUCACCGGCUUUGUUGUGUGGGUGAUCGAAUGGCCCAGGAAUCCAGUGUACCAAGGAUCAAGCGUGGCACAGUUCACCACCGCUUCGUACUUUGCUUUCUCCACCUUGACGUUUUCUCAUGGCCAGAUAAUCAGAAGCCCUCUGUCAAAAGUUGUUGUUGUGAUAUGGUGCUUCGCGGUGCUGGUUCUAGUGCAGAGCUACACUGCAAACUUGUCAUCCAUGCUCACUGCAAAGAGGCUCCGGCCAUCAGUGACUGGUCUCGACCAGCUGGUGAGCAAUGGUGAUAACAUCGGAUACCAAGAAGGAGCAUUUGUGCGAUCCUUUCUGAGAAAUAAAGGAGCUAAAGAUGAUAAGCUUAGGACCUUUAAGAAUCAAACAGGCUUUGCUGAAGCUUUGAGGAAGGGAUCCAAGAAAGAUGGAGUGUCAGCCAUCGUGGAUGAGAUCCCCUAUUUGUCCUAUUUCCUCUCCGAUAAAAACAAUAAAGAAUUCGUGAUGGGUGAGCGCCUGUACAAGACCCCUGGACUUGCGUUUGUGUUUCCGAGAGGUACUCCGCUGGUGCAUGAUCUCUCAAUUGCUAUCUUGAACCUAACCGGAGGGAACGAGAGCGCAAGAAUCGAACAGGAAUGGUUAGGCUCAGCUGCACAACUGAAAGGCGAUAGCACUCCGAUUACUGAUUCCACGCCUCUCACUCUGCGAAGCUUCUCUGGUCUCUUUGUCAUCACUGGAAGUGUCUCAGCUUCCAUUACGGUCAUAAGCAUCUCCAUAUCGGUCUAUGCCAAGUACUUCAGAGUGAGAGGUUCUGUAUCGCAAGACGAGAAUGGUGGAAGUGGGCGCCAUGAAGAAUUCAGAGCUCUGCAGAACGACACGGGCAAUGGCUUUGUGCCUGAUCAACUCCUCCAUCAUGAAGUCAGGGAUAACAGUUCCCAGGGUGCCCCUGGGAGUGGCGGAAGCACCGGUGACGAAGAGGCUGGUCCAGUGCAGGGUAGCAUGGCCAAUGGCUCUGUGCCUGAAGUUUGUAUCCGGAUCGAGAUGAGUGAUACUGGCCAAGGUGUGGGCAGGCGUCUGUAGGCACUAGGCAGCAGAU